CCUCGCUCGCGUGGCCGACCUGUCUCUCUCUCUCUCUCUCUCCUUGUUCCUCUACCCGUCUCCGGUAUUAAAGCCCCAUCGCCGUUCGCCCAACUCCUCCGUGCUCCCCUCCCUUGGGCGCACGGAUCGAUCGCCGAGGCCGAAUCAAAUACACCGCCACCAAGAGGCCAGCCCAACCAACGCCAACCACCAUCAUCCCCGCCCCCGCCUGCGCGCUGGAUCCCUUUGCCUAGCAGCGCGGCUCCGGGAGGACCGGUCCAUUCCAUCCAAGUGCGCAUGGUGGCGAGCAUUGCCGGGGCGGCGGCGGCGGCGGCGUCGUCCGCGCACGCGCCGGCCGGGCGGCGGGCCAAGAGGGAGCCAGUCCACAUGCACGCCGGCAUCCGGCGGUCGCGCUCCGAGCCGCACCUCCGCUGCUCCCGCCGCGGCGGGGCCGCGGGCGCGUCGCUCACCACCAGCCGCUCCAUCGGCGUCUUCCCCUUCCAGUUCGGCGCCGCGCCGCUGCGCCCGCCGCCGCUCCCCGACGGCGGCGGCGGCGGGGACUACCGGCUCCUCACCGUGUGCGCCGGCGAGACCGACCCGGACCCGGACCCGGAAAUGCCGCAGGUCAGGACGCCCGAGGACCACUGGCUGGACCGGCUCCUGGAGCUGCGCUCCCGCUUCCACGACCCCACCAAGCGCUUCUUCACCGACAACGACAACCUCUUCGAGGAGGAGGACGACGACGACUACCACGAGGACGGCGGCUGCGGCGUGAACUACGAUGAGGAGCACACCGCGCCGGAGGCCGAUGACAAGUGGGACCGCGAGUCCUUCGUCAAGCUGCUGGCGCGGUCCCCUCCGGGCGAUGCCCGGCUGUUCGCGCAGCUGGCCUUCCUCUGCAACAUGGCCUACGUCAUCCCGGAGAUCAAGAGGGCUGAGCUGAGGAAACACUACGGACUCGAGCUGGUGACGUCGUCGGUACAGAAGAAGGCCGAGGCCAGCGCCGUGAGCGCUCAGGUGGACGGCGACUCCACCCGGCCGCCGGGCGACGCGCAGCAGUACGAAGUGGCUGCGGAGCCACAGCCGCGGCGGCCGGUCCGCCGCUCCAACCACCUGGCCUACGAGGUGGCCGCGUCGGCCGCGUCCUACGUCGAAGCGCGGGCCCGCGGCCUGCUCUCGCUCCGCGGGCAUCAGCAGCCACCGGCCGGGGAAGAAGACCGGCUGUACAACUCCGGCAUGGCGGCCUACGUUGCCGCUUCCACGGUGACGGCGGUGGUGGCCGCCGAGGACGAGGCGCGGCAAGAGGCCGCGCGUGACCUGCGGUCGCCGCUGUCCUCGCCGUGCCAGUGGUUCGUCUGCGACGAGGCCGACAUGCGCACCCGCUGCUUCGUCAUCCAGGGCUCCGACUCGGUCGCGUCCUGGCAAGCCAACCUCCUCUUCGAGCCCACCGCAUUCGAGGACACCGGCGUUCUCGUGCACCGCGGCAUCUAUGAGGCGGCCAAGGGCAUCUACGAGCAGCUCAUGCCGGAGAUCGUGGAGCACCUGAGGGCGCACAAGGAUGGCGCUCGUCUGCGGUUCACGGGGCACUCGCUCGGCGGCAGUCUGGCGCUGCUUGUGAGUCUGAUGCUGGUGGCGCGCGGGGUGGUCGGUCCGGAGUCGCUGCUCCCCGUGGUCACCUUCGGAGCGCCGUCGGUGUUCUGCGGCGGGCAGCGCGUGCUGGAGGCGCUCGGCGUCGGCGAGGACCAUGUCCGCGCCGUGGCGAUGCACCGGGACAUCGUGCCUAGGGCAUUCUCGUGCCGGUACCCCGGCCAUGCCGUCGCCGUGCUCAAGCGGCUCAACGGCGCGCUGCGCACGCACCCCUGCCUCAACAGCCAGAAGGUGCUGUACACGCCGAUGGGCACGACGUACAUCCUGCAGCCGGACGGCAAGGCGUCGCCGCACCACCCGUUCCUGCCGGAGGGCGCGGCGCUGUUCCGGGUGGCCAACCCGGAGGAGCGCGCGGAGCCGUCGGGGUCGGGGAGGGCCGUGGUGGCCAGCGCCCUACGCGCGUUCCUCAACUCGCCGCACCCGCUGGAGACGCUGAGCGACCUCUCGGCCUACGGGUCCGAGGGCGCCAUCCUCCGGGACCACGAGUCCGGCAACUACUUCCGGGCGCUCUACGCCCUCACCAAGGUGGCGCCCCGCCGGCGGAAGCAGCCGGAGAUCGUGUGGAGGCUUCCCGGCGUGGAGCGGCUGCAGCAGUACUGGUGGCCGGGGGUGGCGGGCACCGUGGUCCCGAGGCCGGUGGCCGUCCGCAGCAAGGAGCUGGUAUCCGAAGCCUGAAUCACUGCAAUUCAAGCAGGUUUACAUUCUUUUCUUUGGGUUCUUUGAUGUGUGGGGCGAAUGCAUCAAUGGUACAUACGAGAGUACAGAAAAAUCAGUCGACUUUCUUGGUGUAGGUUUAGUGUAGUAGAGUAAGUACUCUCUCCGCACCAAAAUAUAAGACGUUUUUGCAGUUCAAAUUUGAACUGAACUGCAAAAACGUCUUAUAUUUUGGUAUAGAGGCAGUACAUUGCAAGCGUAUGCGUAUAGUAGGAGUAUUGAUGUGGUUUGUUGUCCUGCCUGGUGGCCCGCAAAGUUGUGCAGGCCGCUGAAUAAUGCAAUGGUGAUUUGUCAAGGGAUCAUGUGAUUGUGAUCCAGUGAACUCCACCUGUAAAUUCGUUGUUAUAUAAAGGAAAUGAAAUGUUGUUAUAAAGGAACAA